UCAAUGUUUUCUGCCGGGGAGGAUAAAAAAAAACUGUCUCGUCAAACUGCAGUUUUACUGGAACGACCCCAAGUUUUUCUUCGCCCAAAAACUCAUAUAUAUCACUUGGCCCUCCGCUCUUUCGUGAGUUUGAGGGCGGGCGCGGGUGGUUACACGGUGCCCACGGUUUUAACAGUCCAAAGUUGUUAACAGCCUUGUGUUCUUCGUUUGAAGCGAAAUGGCGCCGGAUCAGAAGGAUUCAUCCUCUGACAGUAUCAUUUCUUCAUCAUCUUCUUCGUCCGCUUCUUCUUGUUUAUCUGAUGAUGGGCAAGAUGGAGGGGUUGUGAGUUCGUGGUCCUCUAAAAGGACAUAUGGGCUUAUGGCCCAGAGCAUAAGCAACAUGGUGAGGAAGAGGAGGAAGAGGAUGCUGGAUGAGAAUCUCUCCGUAUUGCGGUCCAUUACACAUUCUAAUGCGACCAGGAAAAGCUGCAUAAUCUCGGAUGCGUUCAAGUAUAUUGAGGAAUUGAAGCAAAGGGUCCGUGAAUUAAAUAGGGAUCUUGUGGCAGAGGUUGAUGCCCGCCAGAGGGAGUUGCUGGGGUCCCAACCCCAUGGAACAGGCAGAGCAAGUUUAGGGCCUACGCUGCCCACUGUUACUGUGGUGGGAAAGGAAUGUGGGCUCGAGAUCCAUGUCUCCUGUAAAAAAUCACCAGGGUUGCUAAUUGCUAUACUGGAAGCUGUAGAAGCACUGGGCCUCAAUGUACUGCAGGCCAGGGUGUCUUGCAAGGACUAUUUCUUGUUCGAAGCUUUGAGUGGAAAGGAUAAACAAGGCAAGAUUGCUGAUCCCCAUAUGGUUAAAGGAGCUCUCCUGCAAGUCUUAGACAGGAUAAACCCAGAAAAGGCGUCUACUGCAGGUAGCAAAGUCAUGGAAUAGGGAUCCUACAAGCCCAGGUUCAAGUCCCAGGGGCCUGAGCCAAAGAUCUAGACCUGAGAAUGGUCAGGUCAAUUCCAUAUAAAGGAUGAAAGUGGGUUUUUGUGGAACUAUUCUUCAGAUAAGGAACUUGUACAUGAUAAAAUGGUAUUUAUUAUCCUAUACAGGAAGAAAGAAAGAUGUAAUGUUAGGGAACCCUGCAAUUGUAUCAGAAUAGCUAUACCCUUUCUUUUUUGUUGUGUAUUAGAAGAGAGCUUACAUCUGCUCUGUGAAAUUGUUGUGGAAAAUCACAGUUGUUAUGCACAUGUGUAGACCUGUGAGUCAGUCAAAGGUGAACAGUUCUACUCCUGUGCAUUUAUUACGACCACCCAUUAGAAGAAGAAUAAUAUAUGUUACUUCCAAGGAA